AUGGACCUGGUUUACAGCAGUGGCGUGCUAGCUAUACAGCACCUCCAGAGCAGCUGCAGGGAAUACCAUUUCUUCCUAAACUUCAUGUCUGCCGUGGGUGACCCUCGCAACAUCUUCUCUGUGUAUUUCCCUCUCUGGUUCCAUCUCAGUCAUAGUGUUGGUACCAAGAUGAUAUGGGUGGCCGUUGUUGGCGACUGGUUCAAUCUUAUUUUCAAAUGGAUUCUGUUUGGUGACAGACCGUACUGGUGGGUGAAGGAAACUCACUUUUACCACAACGAUUCACUCCCUCACGUGGAACAGUUUCACAUCACCUGUGAAACAGGGCCAGGUAGCCCGUCUGGUCAUGCCAUGGGUUCAUCAUGUGUAUGGUAUGUGAUGAUCACAUCUGCCCUCAACUUUACCAGACCGUCCAGUGAGGCUUCUGUCCAGAAUCUGCAGAGGUUUCGUCUUCUUUGGUCCUGCUUGUGGAUGGCUUUUUGGGUCAUUCAAAUAAGUGUUUGUAUCUCCAGAGUUUUUAUUGCCACACAUUUCCCACACCAGGUUAUCCUUGGUGUUUUAGCCGGUAUGCUGGUUGGUGAGGUGUUUGAUCACAUCCCUUCAAUCCACAAUGCAAGUUUGAAAGUGUACCUCCAGACCAAUGUGUUUCUUCUCUCUUUUGCUGUUUGCCUUUACUUGCUCCUUAAAUUCAUGGACAUUGAUCUUUUGUGGUCAAUAUCUAAAGCCAAGAAGUGGUGUGCUAACCCAGAUUGGAUUCACCUUGAUACAACGCCUUUUGCUGGUCUAGUGAGAAACCUGGGUGCCUUAUUUGGUCUGGGCUUGGCGAACAACUCAGAGAUGUUCAUUCAGAGCUGCAAGGGCAAGAAUGGCAACAAAACAUGUUUUAAACUCAUGUGUGUGACAGCAACUCUCACGUCCCUGCAGCUUUAUGAUUUCAUCAAAAUUCCCACUCACACUGAAGUCCUGUUUUACAUGCUGUCAUUCUGUAAGAGUGCCUUGGUACCUCUUUGUGUGGUUGGUCUCAUUCCUUAUUGUGUUCACUUGCUGAUAGGAGAGGAGAACAAGAAGCUAGAUUAAAUUUUGGAGACCUUGUUCACUUUACUUAAUUAUUGUGCAGUUGCCUAAGCACUCAAACUGUGUUAUGUGUUGUACUGUUAGAUGGGUGGGUUAGAAUAGUACUGUAAGUUUUUAUGUGGUUUAACUUUAUGUUCUGAAUUUUUUAAUCUCGUAGAAAAUAUUUAUCAAACUCUUAUUCAGAGCAAUUUACAAUGCACGAGCAAUAAGGACUUCAGUCACUCUUUGACGGGACACAUUAGUGAUGGUGGGACUGCGCCUGUGACCACCCAGUUACAGGACAGAUACGUUGAGCACUAGGCUACCCUGCCAACCCUGCAAAUGCAAAAUGUACUGUAGGUUUGUUUGUUUGUUUGUUUGUUUGUUUUUACAAAUAUAACCCAUUGUAUGUAUGUUGUUCCACAUAAAACUGUGCAGAAGUGUGAUUUUUUUGUCCACUUUGAAUUGGUGUUUAUUUAAUA